AUGGCAGUCAACGCAACAGCGCCUGCGGGCACCUCGUUGUCGGACCUUCCUUUGGAAUAUCUCAGUCUCUACCAUACCGUCGAUCAGUAUCUCUCCUCAAUUCUCGUCUUCUACGGCCCCGUUGCGACUGUAAAUGCCACCAUAAGCAGCUCGCGCAUUCAGGCGCAUAUAUUCACACCCGCUGGCUUUCAGAGCUACCCGCGCUUCACGAUAUCCCCAGCUGCUUCGGUGUAUGCCGCAGUCAAUCAUCUACCCCGCGAUAAACAAGGCGACGAAGUGGCCCGUGGGCUUGCUGUCAGCAUGCUAAAAUACUUCACCGAGUUGUCGGACCCGCUCAAACACUGUCUGACAGAGACGACCCGUGCUGCCAGACAAGGUGGCAAGAUUCUGAAACCGUUUGAUGCCGUCCAUGCCGCUGAUUUGGCCAAUCGCAUGAUAAGGGUGGAAGAUUCAACAGAGAUUGUGCGCGACAUUCGCAGUGCUUACCAGGAUCGCAGAGUUUCCUGGACCGAUAUCGACGUCGUCUUGCCUGCAGGCACUAUUCAAAAGCCCGAGCGGCGCAGCAGUGCGGGAUCCGACAUCGAGGAAACUCAAUCCCUCGAAUAUGGCCCCUACACACCCCUCAUAUCUGCUUUUGGCGACCCGAUGUUUUUGCCAACCUCACGACUCAAACGUGCGCCUUCACAACCGACCAAUGUCAGCAAAUCGAGAGUCUUCACGCGAAGUCAGAAAGAAGCUCUUCGUCUCACCAUGUGUGAGCUUGUUGACACAGAAGAGAGAUACGUUGCUAAACUGUAUUCUCUUGUACACGAAGUGGCAGAUGAAUUCCGGCAAAAAGCUCAAGUCAAGGGCGCCUCCAGUACCAGCCCUGAUGAAGCAUCGUUGGCUGCCCUCUUUCCACCGUGCUUGAACGAAAUCCUGGAAGUCAAUCUUGGUUUUCUAGAUGUCAUUCGACAAGUGCUUGACGAGACCGAAAAGGAUGCCAUCGAAGAUAUCAGUCAAGACACUGAACUCCCAGGGUCCGGCCAUCAUCGGAGAGAGAAUCGGGAUUCACUUGGUGCUGUGACGUUUGCGAGGGCGUUGCUCGACUGGCUUCCACAAUUCUCGCAGCCCUAUGCGAACUAUAUGCGUGCCCACACUGGAUUUACGCAGACGCUCAAUUCGUUCAUGAAAGACAAAGGCUCCAGCUUCUCAAAGCGGGUGUAUGAGACCGGAGAGCAGAGGUUAAGAUCUUUGCUGAUGGAACCUGUUCAGCGACUUCCUCGUUACAGUUUGUUGAUUGAUACCAUGACUGGAAGCUUGCCCCUGGUACACCCAGCUGUGCGACCGCUUCUGAAAGCUCGGGACAUUGUUAAGGACAUCUGUGCUCUAGACAAUUCUUCUCCAUCCGCACAUGCACAAAGUCUCAAACGAUUGAGAGAGCUCGUGGAUGGAUGGCCGGCGAAUAAGUUCCCUGAUGGUCGUUUGAUCACAGCCGUCGAUGUCAACGAGAUUGCACCACCUUAUCAAGUAGAUAUACAGGCCCCAGGCUCGGCCGCGGGAAUUAUGCUUCUUUACAAGAACUGUCUGGUACUGCUCGCAAAGCCUCUCGAAAGCCGAGCCACUGCGCGCGCAGUGUUGGCCGAUAUCGAUAAUGCAGCUUCCUCAACCAACGAUACGUCCAUGUCCCUACCGGCAUCGGAACUCAAGGUUGUACAGGUCCUGGAGCUUCACGCUAUUCGUUGCAUGCAGUCAGCCUCUGGCCGGUUGUUGUUCAUUGUACCCGCCUCAUACAAGCCCAAAUCUAGUUCUAUGGAUGGCGAGCAUGAUCUCCUUGCUUUAGAGCUGACUGCGAUGUACGAAGGAAGAGCCAGCCGUCUCAUUGAAGAAGUCACCAAAGCGAAGAUCGAGGGCAGGUUUCCAGAGCAAGAGCGAGAGGGAGGCAAAUGGACCCUCCGUAGCCCUCCUGCACCAACAGGCAAUGCAAAUAUUUUAGCCUGCGUGUGUGAGGAUGGCCAAGGCGCUGCAAUCAAUGAAGCCCAGGCGUCCCCAAUUCGAUUACUCUUCGACACUCCCAAGGCAAAGUGCACCCAGAUGCUCCAAAGCACCGAUUUGGAAAUGAUUAUUUCGAUCUCUCCGCCUAACGGUGACCAGUACAGAAUGGAUAUUGAUUCUGUCGUUGGUGGCCCAUACACGGACUUUGUCACUGUGGAUAACUUCAUCCCGACCAUGUCACGACGUCUGCAAAGCCUACUCUCGUCUCUGCACAGCCCUCGAAAUCCAAAAGUGAUGAGACCUCUGGUUCAUUCAAAUUUCGAAAUCCUUCGUUCCAUUACGACUAAUUUAAUUUUGCAAGUCAAGUCUUCACGCGGCUUCCGUCCGCCUUCGCCUACCAAGUUGAUAUCCAACCUUCUGGGAGGUAGUCGCGACAAUGUCCCGACCUUGAAGACACCGAAUUCAGCAUCUCUGCUGGGUGAAUUCCCGAAGAUGCCACCUCCUAGACCCCAGCAUGCCAGAUCCAAUACUUUGCCAUCUACAUUUCCCAGCAAAGAAAAAGAAAAAGAAGAAAGCCCGAGCAAAGCACCAGGAGCUGGAGUGACCGCCCUCAAGGGACCCGAUAGCCAGCUUGGAUCCCUGGAACAAACGUUUGCAGCCUACGUGCUUUCCUUACAAUCUCGAAGCGGGAACAUUCUUGGUCGUAUGCUCCGGGCUCGAGACUACGCGGAUCGUGUCCCAGUUAAUGAGCUUUACAAUGUCCUGCUGGAAGACCCAAGCAAGCUUCAGUCUGCCGCGGAGGUGCCUGUUGACACUUUGUUUGUCGCCUUCGAGACCUUCAUGAAAAAUGCCUGGAAGAUGAGCAUGGGUCCCGUCUUGGCAGUGUCGUCGUUGAAGUUACUACAGAGUCAGUUUGACACCAUGUUCCCUCGGGACUUUGAUGAGCAAUUUAAGAAGUUCUUGGUGGACAUCAGCCCGCAGAAUCGCCGUGCUCUGGCCGCCAUCAUUCGAUUGCUUGCCGAGUUGCUUGACGCCUCUGGUAAUGACGGGGAUAGGGGAGCCUUGACCAUGGCUUUCGCCGAGGUUCUCACGGAGGAAGGAGAUCCCGUCCAACACGUUUCGCUCUUGGACCGACUAGUCGAUGACUUUGACAAUCUCUUCGAAGAAUUUAUCCCCGGUGGCGCCUCAGUCGAGGGAACUCUGGGUUGUGAUCAGGGCAAGACCUCACAAGCAAACACUGGGUCAAUGGGCUCAAAUAGUUCAUCAUUCCGAAAGCGCUUCGGGUUUGGCCUCCAUAAGGAGAGUCAGAGGAGCGAAGGAGAGAGCAAGGUCGCAUCAAUCCUGCGAACUCUUAGCAAGCGACAGAGUCCUACGGAUUCAGAGCCUACCACCCCCAGGGGACAUUUGACACGUUCCAAGUCCACCGAUGUGGACUCUCGCCUAGGCUUUUUUCGACCUGCCUCACGCGAUCGCCCCUACGGAUUUUCAUCCGAGGAACAGAUCUCACGGCCGGGAACUGGCUAUGGUCAGCCGCAGUCCCUGUCGUCUGUCCCUGAAAUCUCACAGGAUGGGGUAGUCAAGUUCCGCAGAAAGCGCAGAAGCUCGCUGUCAGACUUACGCCCUCCAACAGCCCUGUCUGAUGCAUCUGAAGUCUCCCCAACCCAUCCGUUGCGACCGGUGACUCCAUCUAAUAUCCCACGCGCGGAAGUAACAACGCCAACCAGCCAACCAAGGCCGCAAAGCAGUUAUCAAACUGCUUCACCUAGCAGGAGCACAUCGCCCGCGAAAGCGUACUCUUCCAUUCGCCUGGGGUCUCCUAUUCGAAGGAUGUCACCUCCACGGCCUUCCACUCCGAGUAGAAAGGAAAAUAUUGAUCCCAAGGUACCACAGGCGGAUCGUGCAGCCAAGAACAAGCCACACAUUCCGGAAUCACCAAACCAGGAAAAUAAAAGGCGAUCUCGCGCUACCAGCAUUCCUCAGCGGACCGUGGGCCUCCGAGAGCGAUCAACAGUCAACAGCACGGAUAGCAAACGGCCCCAGUCCUCUUCGCCUCAAAAGCCGCAGAAACUGCGGAUGCAAAGUCCACAAAAGCUUCGUGAGCGUGUUUAUAACGAGAAGAGGUCUCAAGCUACCGCUCAGCUUGGUAUACGAGACGAGCUUAGGGCUAUCGGUGACGAAUUACAUGCUCUGAGACUCACGCCAAGCAAGCAAUCCGGCGUGGAGCCGGCCAUGGGUUCUCCAGGCGCUGAUAUCUCUUCGGGCGCAAGUGCUUCCCUUGAAGCUCGCAUGCGGACUCUUGAAGCGCGUUUCGACCAACUCUCCGGAGAAUGCAAUGGACGAACAUCAGCAUUGGAGAGAGACUUAGAGUCCUCUUUGGUCCUGAGUGAGAAGCGGGUCAAGAAGCUGGAUGAGCUAUACCGAGAAGCCAGUGCCGAAAAUGAAGCUCUCUAUGAUCGAUUCAACUCCGAGCUCAGCAAGAUCUCCCGGGAUGUUCGAUCUGGGAGCGCUGAAGACGCCCUGAAGUCUCAGCUGUCCAAUGCGCUGGAAGAAAUUGGUCGCCUCAAGAAAGAAAACUUUCGACUGAAGAGAGAGGCCGGAGGCCUCCGAGCCCAGCAGGCUGCUGUUGCUCUUUUGAAGGCGAGCGAGCUAUGA